CUUCCUCCCUCCCAUCGGCCUCGGCUUGCGGGCCUUUCAAACAUGGAGGAGCGCGAGUGGGGGGCGAGGUCGGCUCGCGCCGGCAGCCCGGCCAGCCCGCCCAGCCCGCGGCUGGACGUCAGCUCCUACAGCUUCGACCCGCUGCUGGCCCUGUACUCGCCGCGCCUGCCUCCCAUCCCCUACCCCAACGCGCCCUGCUUUAACAACGUGGCGGAGUACGAGAGCUUCCUGAAGGGCGGGCGCACCGGGCGCGGCCGGGCGCGGGGCACCGGGGAGCCGGCCUCGGCGGGAACCUCCACCGGAACCUCCACGGGAGCCGGGACCUCGAGCAGGGCCCGGCGCCGCGCCGCGCCCACCCCAGAUCCCGAGCGCAUCCAGCGUCUGCGCCGCCUCAUGGUGGUCAAGGAGGACGCGGACGGCGCGGCCGGGGCUCGACGCCAGGGCCCGGGGCGCAGCAAGAAGGCGCCGCGCAAUGUGCUCACGCGAAUGCCCUUGCAUGAAGGUAGCCCUCUGGGGGAACUCCACCGCUGUAUCCGAGAGGGAGUUAAGGUGAAUGUCCACAUCCGCACCUUCAAGGGACUUCGGGGUGUCUGCACAGGCUUCCUGGUUGCAUUUGACAAGUUCUGGAAUAUGGCCCUCACUGAUGUGGAUGAGACUUACCGUAAACCUGUGUUAGGCAAAGCCUAUGAACGGGAUUCUUCGCUGACUCUCACACGGCUGUUUGAUCGGCUGAAACUUCAAGAUUCCUCCAAAAAGGAAGCAGAUUCCAAGUCUGCAGUGGAAGACUCCACCCUGUCUAGAUACUCGCAGACAUCCACUUGGAAGGUGGCUUCAGUGUGGGGACGAGGAGACACUGACCGGGGUUCACACAAGCGCUCCCGCUCCGUCCCCUCCUCCCUGCAGGCUUCUGCCAGGGAGGAGUCCAGGUCUGAGCUGUCAGGGAGGACUACACGGACAGAAGGGUCCAGUGCGGGAGGUACCUUCUCCAGGGCCACCACCCUUUCACGGGGCCAGUCCCGAAAGAAAAAGAGAAAGCCCAAGGUGGAUUACCAGCAGGUAUUCACGCGACACAUAAAUCAGAUUUUCAUUCGAGGCGAGAAUGUCCUGCUGGUUCAUCUUGCACAGUGACCAGCUCAGCCCCACAUGACCUUCGGGUUUUAGAAAUAAAGUGCAUGAACUGUUCUUAUGCUAUAUCCUAGUAUCCCAAUCAAAGUGUGAGUCGCAGUGAUUCCCACUGGUCCUGCCCGUCCAGAGGACAGAGCUGGCUCACCCUCUGGAAGCCGUGUUGAGGGGAGGACAGGUCAGCAAUCCUAACCAGGCAAUCCUAAGCCAUUCACUGUACAUGUGUCCAGCAGGCUGUCAUUGCCUGCUCCAGAGUCUCAAGCAUAAGCUGCUCCCUUUGACUUAGGGUUAUAGUAUGAGUGGAAUCUACUCUGUGGAAACUGUGAGAAAUGCCUGAGAAAGAAAGAUUUCAUUUUUAAAAGCUAGUGCUCUGAGCACCAGGAAUUUGAUCUAUGAGCAACAGUGUAAAUUGCCUGAGAGCCCUGCACCCAUAUCUUGGGACUGACCUUUGCUGUACAUCAUUCUCUUUUGACCAAGAAGUGAAAUUUCUCAUCCUUGGAUAGUAAUAAGGUCUAGGAAAGUUACCGGCUUGUGCAGGAGUGAAGCGCAGCUAGGUGUUGCUCUAAGCAGCCCGAGGUGACAGCUCGGUUUUGAACCCCCUCUUCUCCUGGGCAGGAAUGCAGAAGCUUGUCAGUGUUCUCCUCACCAGAGGUGGCCUCUGCACAUGGCAUACCAGAUGGGACUGUGCCGUGCUUGUGGCUUGUCGUCCCCUCUGACUCCUGUGGCAUGGUGCUAGUGUGCAUGUGCUCUGUGGUAUCACCCCAUGUGUUGUGUGUGAACUGUCCUGAUGUGACCUUGGCGUCUGACUUCAGAGAGUUCUGCAUGAACUCAAAA